GGCGUGUUUACAUCUGAGCUUUCCUGAGUACAAGCACCAAUCUGUGGUAUAAGGCUUGGUCAGACUUGUUCUGUUCUUUUGUGAUCCUAUGUGCACAAGUUAAGCGCUACAGACCUGUAGGCUGGUGCACGCUUUCACCCCCUCCCGCGAGAGUAUAAGUGAGCGGUUCCCGCUGGGCCUUCAGGAGAGGCUUGGGAAGGGGACUGUGGUGCGCAUGCGCUAAGCGGUUCCGGCACUAUGGCGGACCCGGGGGCCGGCUUGCGGUGCUGGCUACUACAGCUGCAGGAGUUCGUGUCCGCAGCAGACCGCUACAAUGCUGCCGGGGCCAGUUACCAGCUGAUCCGUGGCCUGGGGCAAGAGUGCGUGCUGAGCACUUGCUCUGCAGUGCAGGCAUUGCAGAUCUCCUUAGUUUUUUCCAAAGAGUUUGGUUUGCUUGUAUUUAUCCGGAAGUCACUUAGCAUUGAUGAAUUUCGUGAUUGUAGAGAAGAAGCCCUAAAAUUUUUAUGUGUUUUCUUAGAAAAAAUUGACCAGAAGGUUCUGCAUUACUCUUUUGAUAUUAAGAAUACUUGUAUCAGUGUUUAUACAAAAGAUAGAACUGCUAAAUGUAAAAUUCCAGCCUUAGAUCUUCUGAUUAAGUUACUUAAGAUACUAAGAAGUUCCAGAGUCAUGGAUGAAUUUAAGAUCGGAGAAUUAUUUAACAAAUUCUAUGGAGAACUUGUAUCAAAAUCAAAACUACCUGAUACAGUUUUAGAAAAAGUCUAUGAGCUCCUGGGAGUGUUAGGUGAGGUUCAUCCUAGUGAAAUGGUAAAUCAUUCAGAAAACCUGUUCCGGGCAUUUCUGGGAGAGCUUAAGACCCAGAUGACAUCUACAGUCAGAGAACCUAAAUUUCCUGUCCUAGCUGGCUGUCUAAAGGGACUGUCCUCACUUCUGUGCAACUUCACCAAGUCCAUGGAAGAAGAUCCCCAGACUUCAAAGGAAAUAUUUGGUUUUACAUUAAAAGCAAUUCGUCCUCAGAUUGAGAUGAAGCGAUACGCUGUGCCCUUAGCUGGCCUACGACUACUUACCCUACAUGCAUCUCAAUUUACUACCUGCCUUCUGGACAACUAUAUUACUUUAUUUGAAGUACUGUCAAAGUGGUGUAACCAUACAAAUGUGGAAUUAAAAAAAGCUGCACAUUCAGCCCUGGAGUCCUUCCUGAAACAGAUUUCAUUUACUGUGGCAGAAGAUGCAGAGUUGCAUAAGAGUAAGCUGAAGUACUUCAUGGAACAGUUCUAUGGAAUCAUCAGAAAUGCAGAUUCAAACAACAAGGACUUAGCCAUUGCUAUUCGUGGAUAUGGACUAUUUGCGGGACCUUGCAAGGUUAUAAAUGCAAAAGAUGUUGACUUCAUGUACGUGGAGCUCAUUCAGCGCUGUAAGCAGAUGUUCCUCACUCAGACAGAUGCUACUGAGGAUCAUGUUUACCAGAUGCCAAGUUUCCUUCAGUCUAUUGCAAGUGUGUUGCUUUACCUUGACACAGUUCCAGAGGUAUAUACUCCAGUACUGGAACAUCUCAUGGUGGUACAGAUAGACAGCUUCCCUCAGUAUAGUCCCAAAAUGCAGUUGGUGUGUUGUAAAGCACUAGUAAAAGUUUUCCUAUCCUUAACAGAGAAGGGACCAGUUCACUGGAAUUGCAUUAGUGCUGUGGUGCAUCAAGGUUUAAUUCGAAUAUGUUCUAAACCAGUGGUUCUUCAAAAGGAUGUUGAGUCAAGGUCUGAAAACCGUUGGGCCUCGGAGGAAGUCAGAAUGGGCAGGUGGAAAGUACCCACAUACAAAGACUACGUGGAUCUUUUUCAGAAUCUUUUAGGCUGUGACCAGAUGGCGGAUUUUAUCUUAGGAGAUGAAACAUUUCUUUUUGUAAAUUCCUCCCUUAAAAGUCUGAAUCAUUUACUCUAUGAUGAAUUUAUAAGAUCAGUUUUGAAGAUUGUGGAAAAGUUGGAUCUUACACUGGAAAAACAGACUACUGGAGAGCAGGAGGACGAACGCACUGCUGAUGUCUGGGUGAUCCCAACUUCAGAUCCAGCCGCUAACUUGCACCCUAUAAAACCAAAUGAUUUUUCAGCAUUCAUUAACCUGGUGGAGUUUUGCAGGGAGAUUCUUCCUAAGAAACAAGUAAGCUUUUUUGAGCCAUGGGUGUACUCAUUUGCAUAUGAGUUAAUUUUACAGUCUACACGCUUACCACUCAUCAGUGGUUUCUACAAAUUGCUUUCUAUUGCAGUGAAAAAUGCCAGGAAAAUAAAAUAUUUUGAGGGAGUUAGCCCAAAGUGUCUGAAACAUUCUCCUGAAAAUACAGAAAAGCAUUCUUGCUUUGCUUUAUUUGCAAAAUUUGGCAAAGAGGUGUCAGUUAAAAUGAAGCAGUACAAGGAUGAACUUUUGGCUUCUUGUUUAACAUUUGUUCUGUCCUUGCCACCUGACAUCAUUAAACUUGAUGUUCGAGCCUAUGUUCCUGCAUUGCAGAUGGCUUUCAAGCUGGGCCUGAGCCAUCUGCCAUUGGCAGAAAUAGGUCUGCAUGCCCUUAAAGAAUGGUCAGUUCACAUUGACAAGUCUAUAAUGCAGCCUUACUACAAAGACAUCGUCCCCUGCCUUGAUGGAUACCUGAAUACGUCAACCUUAUCAGAUGAAACCAAGAGCCACUGGGAAGUGUCAGCACUUUCUCGGGCUGCUCGGAAGGGAUUUAAUAGAGAUGUAGUGAAGCUUCUGAAAAGGACAAGAAAUGUUACAUCUGACGAAGCACUGUCCUUAGAAGAAAUAAGAAUUAGAGUAGUACAAAUACUUGGAUCUCUGGGAGGACAAAUAAACAAAAAUCUUAUAACAGCUACAUCAGGAGAAAGGAUGAAGAAGUAUGUGGCGUGGGACAGGGAGAAAAGACUCAGCUUUGCAGUACCCUUCAGAGAGAUGAAGCCUGUCAUCUAUCUGGAUGUCUUUCUGCCUCGGGUCACUGAAUUGGCUCUUUCUGCUAGUGAUCGACAAACUAAAGUAGCAGCUUGUGAACUGUUACACAGCAUGGUUAUGUUCAUGUUGGGAAGAGCCACUCAGAUGCCUGAAGGUCAGGGGUUGCCUCCCAUGUACCAGCUUUAUAAGCACAUGUUUCCUGUGCUGCUUAAACUUGCAUGUGAUGUGGAUCAAGUGACAAGGCAACUCUAUGAACCACUUGUUAUGCAGCUCAUCCACUGGUUUACUAACAAUAAGAAAUUCGAAAGUCAAGAUACUGUCGCCUUAUUAGAAGCCAUACUGGAUGGCAUUGUGGAUCCUGUUGACAGUACUUUAAGAGAUUUUUGUGGACAGUGUGUUCAAGAAUUCCUCAAAUGGUCCAUUAAGCAAACAACACCUCAGCAGCAAGAGAAGAGCCCAGUAAACAGCAAGUCACUUUUCAAGCGGCUCUACAGCCUUGCACUACAUCCUAAUGCGUUCAAGAGGCUAGGCGCAGCACUUGCUUUUAAUCACAUCUACAAGGAAUUCAGGGAAGAAGGAUCCCUGGUAGAACAGUUUGUUUUUGAAGCCUUAGUGACAUAUAUGGAAAGUCUGGCCUUGGCACAUGCAGAUGAGAAAUCCUUAGGUACAAUUCAGCAGUGCUGUGAUGCCAUUGAUCACCUAAGACGCAUCAUUGAAAAGAAGUACAUUUCUUUAAACAAAGCAAAAAAGCGGCGUUUGCCACGGGGAUUUCCACCUUUGACAUCAUUAUGUUUAUUGGAUCUGGUCAAGUGGCUUUUCGCUCACUGUGGAAGACCCCAGACAGAAUGUCGACACAAGUCCAUAGAACUCUUUUAUAAAUUUGUUCCUUUAUUACCAGGCAACAAAUCCCCUUCUUUAUGGUUGAGAGAUCUUAUAAAAGCGGAAGGUAUUUCUUUUCUCAUAAACACAUUUGAAGGAGGGGCAAGCAGCAGCGGUCAGCCAUCAGGCAUUCUUGCUCAGCCAACCCUCCUCCACUUGCAAGGGCCAGUCAGCCUGCGAGGAAUGCUCCAGUGGCUGGACCACCUCCUUGCAGCACUGGAGUGCUACAACACAUUUAUCGAGGAGAAGACUGUACAAGUGCAAGAGGUCCUGGGUACUGAAGUACAGUCUUCACUUUUGAAGUCUGUGGCCUUCUUUUUGGAAAGCAUAGCAACAUGUGAUGCUAGAACAGUAGAACAACGCUUUGGCACUGGGCUGACCGGCCCUCCCAGUGUCCAAGAGGAAGAAAAAUACAAUUACAGCAAAUGCACAGUCUUGGUCCGGAUUAUGGAAUUUACCACAACCCUGCUCGUCACCUUUCCAGAAGAUUGCAAGCUCCUGGAGAAGGACUUGUGUAACACAAAGCUUAUGAAGGUCUUAGUGAAAAUGCUCUGUGAGCCCCUGAGCAUAGGUUUCAAUAUUGGCGACGUCCAGGUUAUGAACCAUCUUCCCAGCAUUUGUGUGAACCUGCUGAAAGCAUUGAGGAAGUCCCCAUACAGAGACAAGCUGGAGACUCACCUGAAGGAGAAAGUGACAGCACAGAGUGUUGAAGAGCUCUGUGCUAUUAACUUGUGUAGCUCUGCAGCUUGCCAAGAAAGGACCAAGUUGCUGUCUCUCUUAUCAGCUUGUAAACAGCUUCACAAAGCUGGUUUCUCUCAUAUUAUAUCUGCAUCUCAGUCUACAGCAUUAAACCAUUCCAUUGGCAUGAGACUGCUGUCCUUGGUUUAUAAUGGCAUUGCGCCUGCACAGGAAAAGCAGUACCUGCAGUCUUUGGAUCCCAGCUGUAAGAGCCUGGCCAGUGGACUCCUGGAAUUAGCCUUUGCUUUUGGAGGACUGUGUGAGCAUCUUGUGAGUUUGCUCCUGAAUUCAUCAAUGUUGUCUACACAAUAUCUGGGCAGUUCACAGAGAAACAUUAGCUUCUCCCAUGGGGAGUAUUUCUACAGUUUGUUUCCAGAAGUAAUCAACACUGAACUGUUGAAAAGUCUUGAUGUUACUGUAUCAAGGCUUCUGGAGUCAUCUUCAGAUAAUCCCAAAAUGGUGAGUACUAUUUUAAAUGGUAUGUUAGAUAUGAGCUUCAGGGAUCGAGCUGUUCAGAAACACCAAGGACUGAAGCUUGCGACUGCAAUUCUGCAAAACUGGAGGAAGUGUGAUUCAUGGUGGGCCCCAGAUUCUGCUCCAGAGAGCAAAACGACUGUGCUGUCCUUACUGGCAAAAAUGUUGCAGAUUGAUUCAACUUUAUCUUUUGAUACAAAUCACAGCUCAUUUUCUGAAAUCUUCACAACGUAUGCUAAUCUACUUGCAGAUACAAAGUUGGGUCUACACUUAAAGGGCCAAGCCGUCAUCCUUCUUCCAUUCUUCACCAGAGUGACAGAAGACAGGCUAGGAGACCUAAAGCACAUUCUGGAAAAGUUCAUUGUUCUUAAUUUCCCCAUGAAGUCUGACGAAUUUCCUCCUGAUUCCCUGAAGUACAAUAAUUAUGUGGACUGCAUGAAAAAGUUCCUAGAUGCUUUGGAAUUAUCUCAGAGUCCUAUGUUGCUUCAGUUGAUGACAGACAUUCUUUGUAGGGAACAGCAACAUAUUAUGGAAGAAUUGUUCCAAACCACCUUCAAAAGGAUCGCUAGGCGGAGUCCAUGUGUCACACAAUUAAAUCUUUUGGAAAGUGUAUACACAAUGUUCCGGAAGGGUGGCCUCCUUUCAGAUGUCACUCAGGCAUUCGUGGAUCGCUCUCUCCUCACCUUGUUGUGGCACUGUGACUUGGACACACUGAAAGAGUUCUUUAGCAGAAUUGUGGUGGAGGCCAUUGAUGUGUUGAAGUCCAGAUUUACAAAGCUAAAUGACACUUUUGACACUCAAAUCACCAAGAAGAUGUGCUAUUACAAGAUGCUAGCUGUGAUGUAUUCUCGUCUUUUAAAAGAUGAUGUUCACUCUAAAGAAUCUAAAAUUAAUCAAGCUUUCCAAGGCUCCUGUGUUGCAGAAGGAAAUGAACUUACAAAGACACUUCUUAAGUUGUGCCACGAUGCAUUUACAGAGAACAUGGCAGGGGAAAGCCAGUUACUGGAAAAGAGAAGACUUUAUCAUUGUGCUGCAUACAACUGUGCCAUUUCUCUGAUAAGCCGAGUCUUCAAUGAGUUGAAAUUUUACCAAGGGUUUUUGUUUAGUGAAAAACCAGAAAAGAAUUUGUUUAUUUUUGAAAAUUUGAUAGACCUGAAACGUUGCUAUACAUUUCCUAUAGAAGUUGAGGUUCCUAUGGAAAGAAAGAAAAAGUACGUUGAAAUUAGGAAAGAGGCCAGGGAUGCAGCAAAUGGGGCUUCAGGCAAUCCUCGUUAUAUGUCUUCAUUGUCAUAUUUAACAGAGAGUAGCCUAAGUGAAGAAAUGAGUCAAUUUGAUUUCUCAACUGGAGUUCAGAGCUAUUCAUACAGUUCUCAAGAUCGUAAACCUACGACGGGCCAUUUUCAGAGAAGGGAGCAUCAAGAUUCCAUGGCUCAGGAUGACAUCAUAGAGUUAGAGAUGGAUGAGCUCAAUCAACAUGAAUGUAUGGCACCCAUGACAUCCCUGAUUAAACACAUGCAGAGAAAUGUGAUUGCACCCAAGGGACAAGAGGGUUCAAUAUCAAAAGAUCUUCCACCUUGGAUGAAAUUUCUCCAUGACAAACUAGAAAAUGCGUCAGUAUCUUUAAAUAUCCGUCUCUUCUUAGCCAAGCUUGUUAUUAAUACAGAAGAGGUCUUUCGCCCUUAUGCAAAGCACUGGCUGGGCCCCCUGCUACAGCUAGCUGUUUGUGAGAACAUUGGAGAAGGAAUUCACUACAUGAUAGUAGAAAUAGUAGCUACCAUUCUCUCUUGGACAGGCUUGGCUACACCUACAGGAGUCCCUAAAUAUGAAGUCUUAGCAAAUCGAUUGCUUUAUUUUCUAAUGAAAUAUGUCUUCCAUCCCAAAAGAGCUGUGUUUAGACACAACCUUGAAAUCAUUAAAACCCUUGUUGAAUGCUGGAAGGAGUGUCUGUCCAUCCCUUACAGGUUAAUAUUUGAAAAAUUUUCCAAUAAGGACCCCAAUUCUAAAGACAAUUCUGUAGGAAUUCAAUUAUUGGGCAUUGUAGUAGCUAAUAACUUGCCUCCCUAUGACCUAAAGGGUGACAUCACGAGUGCCAUGUAUUUUGAAGCUUUAGUCAAUAACAUGUCCUUUGUGAAGUAUAAAGAAGUAUAUGCAGCUGCAGCAGAAGUUCUAGGACUCAUUCUUCAACAUGUUACUGAGAGAAAACACGUGAUAGCAGAGUCGGUAUAUGAACUGGUUGUAAAACAACUAAAGCAACAUCAAAAUACUAUGGAAGACAAAUUUAUCGUAUGCUUAAACAAAAUAGUGAAGGGCUUCCCUCCUCUUGCUGACAGGUUCUUGAAUGCUUUGUUCUUUCUGCUGCCAAAAUUUCAUGGAGUAAUGAAGACGCUUUGUCUGGAAGUGGUACUUUGUCGAGCAGAGGCGAUCACAGGCCUAUACUUACAGUUAAAGAGUAAGGACUUUCUUCAAGUCAUGAGACAUAGAGAUGAUGAAAGACAAAAGGUGUGUUUGGAUAUAAUUUAUAAGAUGGUGGCAAAAUUAAAACCAACGGAACUCCGAGAACUUCUGAAUCCUGUUGUGGAAUUUGUUUCCCAUCCUUCUCCAACAUGUAGAGAACAAAUGUAUAAUAUUCUUAUGUGGAUUCAUGACAAUUACAGAGAUCCAGAGAGUCAAAUGGAUGAAGACUCCCAGGAAAUAUUUAAACUCGCAAAAGAUGUGCUGAUUCAAGGACUGAUUGAUGAGAACCUUGGACUCCAACUAAUUAUUCGGAAUUUCUGGAGCCAUGAAACGAGAUUGCCAUCCAAUACAUUGGACCGAUUGUUGGCAUUAAAUUCUUUAUAUUCUCCCAAGAUAGAAGUCCACUUUUUAAGUUUAGCAACAAAUUUUCUGCUUGAAAUGACCAGGAUGAGCCCAGAUUAUCUAAACCCCAUUUUUGAGCAUCCUCUUUCAGAAUGUGAAUUUCAGGAAUAUACUAUAGAUCCUGACUGGCGUUUUCGUAGUACUGUUCUUACCCCGAUGUUUAUUGAGACCCAGGCCUUUCCAAGUACUCUCAAUACCCAAACCCAAGAAGGGUCCCCGUCAGACCGAAGGCAGAAGCCUGGACAAGUGCGGGCCACCCAACAGCAGUAUGAUUUCACUCCAACACAAACUUCAGUUGAAAGGAGCUCAUUUGAUUGGCUAACUGGAAGCAGCAUUGACCUAAUGGCAGAUCAUACAGUCUUCUCUUCAGAGUCCUUGUCUUCUUCCUUGCUGUUUUCCCACAAGAAGAGUGAAAAGUCACAAAGAGUAUCCUGGAAGUCAGUAGGACCUGACUUCGGGACAAAAAAGCUGGGCCUGCCUGGUGAUGAGGUGGAUAACCAAGUAAAAAGUGGCACUCACAGCCAGACAGAAAUUCUGAGAUUACGCAGACGAUUUUUAAAGGACCAAGAAAAACUGAGUUUGCUGUAUGCCAAAAGGGGUCUCAUGGAGCAAAAACUAGAAAAGGAUAUCAAGAGUGAGUUAAAAAUGAAGCAGGAUGCCCAGGUUGUUCUUUACAGAAGUUAUCGUCAUGGCGACCUUCCUGAUAUCCAGAUCCAGCACAGCAGUCUGAUCACCCCCUUGCAGGCUGUGGCCCAGAAAGACCCAAUAAUUGCAAAACAACUCUUCAGCAGCUUGUUUUCUGGGAUUUUGAAAGAAAUGCAUAAAUUUAGGACCACAUCUGAAAAGAACAUCAUCAUCCAAAAUUUGCUUCAAGACUUCAACCGCUUCCUCAAUACAACUUUCUUGUUCUUUCCACCCUUUGUCUCUUGCAUCCAGGAAAUAAGUUGCCAACACGUAGACUUGCUGACACUUGACCCAGCCGCAGUUCGAGUGGGAUGCCUGGCCAGUCUGCAACAGCCUGGAGGUAUUCGUCUUCUGGAAGAGGCCCUACUUCACCUGCUGCCCAAGGAACCACCCACCAAACGAAUCCGGGGCAAGACUUGCUUGCCUCCCGAUGUUCUCCGGUGGAUGGAACUUGCUAAACUCUAUCGAUCAAUUGGGGAAUAUGAUGUCCUCCAUGGCAUUUUUAGCAGCGAGUUAGGAACAAAGCAGGACACUCAGAACGCACUGUUAGCAGAAGCCAGAAGUGAUUAUUUUCAAGCUGCUAACUUGUAUAAGGAGGCUUUAAAUAAAUUGGAGUGGUUAGAUGGUGAACCCACAGAAGCUGAGAAGGAGUUCUGGGAGAUGGCAUCCCUUGACUGUUACAACAACCUCUCUCAAUGGAAAGAACUUGAGUACAGGUCUACAGUCAAUAUAGGCAGUGAGAACUCUCUUGAUCUAAGUAAAAUGUGGAGCAAACCAUUUUACCAGGAGACGUAUCUUCCUUAUGUGAUCCGCAGCAAACUGAAGCUCUUGCUUCAAGGAGAAGACAACCAGUCUCUGCUAACAUUUGUGGAUGAAGCCAUGCACAAAGAGCUGCAGCAGAUGGUCCUAGAACUUCAGUAUAGUCAAGAGCUGAGUCUUCUUUACAUCUUACAGGAUGAUAUUGACAGAGCCACAUACUACAUUAAAAAUGCCAUUCAGAUUUUCAUGCAAAAUUAUUCUAGUAUUGAUGUCCUCUUGUAUAGAAGUAGACUCGCCAAAUUACAGUCUGUACAGACUUUAGCAGAAAUUGAGGAGUUCCUCAAUUUUAUACGUAAACAUGGUGAUUUAUCAUCUCUGGGUCCCCUAAGGAGGCUUCUGAAAACCUGGACCAGCAGAUACCCAGAUACUGUGACAGACCCAAUGCACAUCUGGGAUGACAUCAUCACAAAUCGCUGCUUUUUUCUCAGUAAAAUAGAGGAGAGACUGACUGUUUCUCCAGGAGAUCACAGUAUGAGUGUGGAUGAGGAUGAAGAUUCCUUUGCCAGGGAAGGGUCCGAGCCAAAGGAAGAUGCUCAUCACAUCCUUCAGAGCUGCAGAUUCACCAUGAAGAUGAAGAUGAUAGAAAGCUCCUGGAAGCAGAAUAAUUUCUCACUUUCCAUGAAACUCCUGAAAGAAAUGCAUAAAGAAUCAAAAAUAAGAGAGUCUUGGCGAAUGCAGUGGAUACACAGUUUCUGCCAGCUGAACCACUGCCGGAGCCACACUCAGAGCCCUCAGGAACAAGUCCUCACCAUGCUCAAGACCAUCACACUGUUGGAUGAAAGUGAUAUUUCAAACUACUUAAAUAAAAACAUUCAGGCCUUUUGUGACCAGAACAUCCUCUUGGGCACAAGUUGCAGGAUCAUGGCUGAUGCUCUCAGCAGGGAGCCAGCCUGCCUGUCUGGCCUGGAGAAAAGUAAGACGGAAUCCAUCUUUGCACUUUCCGGAUCUAAUACGGAGAACACAGAGAGGGUAAUCUCAGGUCUGUACCAGAGAGCAUUCCAUCACCUCUCCAUGGCUGUGCAGUCAGCUGAAGAGGAGACCCAACUUUCCUGUUGGGGCCAUGAGGCUGCAGCUGAGAGGGCCCAUGCUUAUAUGACACUGGUAGGUUUCUGUGACCAACAACUCCGAAAGGUAGAAGAGAGUGCAUCCACUGCCUCACAGAAGAUAAGUACAGAACUGGAAGGAUAUCCAGCACUUGUGGUGGAGAAAAUGUUGAGAGCGUUAAAGUUGAACUCUUCUGAAGCCAGGCUGAAAUUUCCUAGAUUACUUCAGAUUAUAGAACAAUAUCCAGAAGAGACCGUAAACAUAAUAAUAAAAGAGAUUUCAUCCAUUCCUUGCUGGCAGUUCAUUGGCUGGAUCGGCCACAUGGUUGCCUUACUGGACAAAGAGGAAGCUAUUGCGGUGCAGCAUACCGUGGAAGAAAUUGCUGAUAACUAUCCACAGGCCAUUAUCUACCCUUUUAUAAUAAGCAGUGAAAGCUACUCCUUUCAAAAUACUUCUUCUGGCCAUAAUAAUAAAGCAUUUGUUGAGAGGAUAAAAAGUAAACUUGAUCAAGGAGGAGUGAUUCAAGGUUUUAUUAAUGCCUUAGACCAGCUCUCCAAUCCUGAUAUGCUCUUUAAGGACUGGGUUAAUGAUACAAAAGAUGAACUAGGAAAGAAUCCUGUGAAUAAGAAAAAUAUUGAAAAAUUGUAUGAAAGGAUGUAUGCUGCCUUGGGUGACUUUCGGGCUCCAGGCCUGGGGCCCUUUCGGAGGAAGUUCAUACAGACCUUUGGGAAAGAAUUUGUCAAAAGCUUUGGGAAUGGUGGUUCUAAGCUGCUUACAAUGAAGCUCGAUGAGUUUCGCAAUAUCACUGACUCACUAUUUGUAAGGAUGAGAAAAGACUCAAAGCUACCUGGGAACCUGAAAGAGUAUUCCCCCUGGAUGAGUGAGUUCACAGUGAAGAGUGAACUGGAGAUUCCUGGACAAUAUGAUGGGAAGAGCAAACCAUUGCCUGAGUAUCAUGUGCGGAUCUCUGGAUUUGACGAGCGGGUAAAAGUAAUGGUCUCCUUGAGGAAACCAAAGCGCAUUGUUAUUCGAGGCCAUGAUGAAAAGGAAUACCCAUUCCUGGUAAAAGGUGGUGAGGACCUCCGACAAGACCAGCGCAUUGAGCAGCUCUUUGAGGUCAUGAAUGCCAUCCUCUCUCAGGAUGCUGCCUGCAGUCAGAGAAACAUGCAGUUAAGGACUUACCGUGUUGUGCCCAUGACCUCUAGAUUAGGAUUAAUUGAAUGGAUUGAAAAUACUAUGACCUUGAAGGACCUUCUUUUGAGUAAUAUGUCACAAGAGGAGAAAGUGGCUUAUGACAGUGAUUCCAAAGCACCAAUUUAUGACUACAGAGACUGGCUGAUAAAAGUGUCAGGGAGAAGUGAUGUUAAAGGCUACACACUAAUGUACAGAGCUAACCGUACAGAAACAGUUACGGCUUUUAGAAGAAGGGAAAAUAAAGUACCUGCUGAUCUCUUAAAGCGGGCCUUUGUGAAGAUGAGCACCAGCCCUGAGGCCUUCCUGGCACUUCGUUCCCACUUUGCCAGUUCUCACGCACUGCUGUGCAUCAGCCACUGGCUCCUUGGUAUUGGAGACAGACACCUGAACAAUUUCAUGGUGGCCAUGGAAACAGGCAGUGUGAUUGGAAUUGACUUUGGACAUGCUUUUGGAUCAGCUACUCAGUUUCUUCCAAUCCCUGAGUUGAUGCCUUUUCGUCUAACCCGCCAAUUUAUCAGUCUCAUGUUGCCAAUGAAAGAAACGGGUCUUGUGUGCACAGUCAUGGUGCAUGCACUGAGGGCUUUCCGCUCGUGUGCAGGUCUGCUCACUGAUACCAUGGAAGUUUUUGUGAAGGAACCCUCCUUUGAUUGGAAGGGUUUUGAGCAGACGAUGCUAAGAAAAGGAGGAUCAUGGAUUCAAGAAAUAAAUGUAACUGAAAAGAAUUGGUAUCCACAACACAAAAUACGCUAUGCUAAGAGAAAGUUAGCAGGGGCCAACCCAGCAGUUAUAACUUGUGAUGAACUACGUCUAGGCCAUGAAGCUUCACCAGCCUUCAGAAGUUAUGUAGCUGUAGCUCGAGGCAACAAAGACUACAACAUUCGUGCACAAGAGCCAGAGAGUAGACUUUCAGAAGAGACUCAAGUGAAGUGCUUGGUGGAUCAGGCGACAGACCCCAACAUCCUUGGCAGGACUUGGGAAGGAUGGGAGCCUUGGAUGUAAAGCCUAUGAGUGUCACCAACCAUAAAGCAUUCUGUCUCCGAGAGUCUCCUAGACCUUCACCGAUGGCAGGAUAUUACUGACAGACUGAAUCAAUCUACUUUAGAGUGCUGGUGAGAUGGCUCAGGGAUAAAGGCACUCAUUACCAACCCUAAUGUCCUAACUAACUUCAAUCCCUGAGACCCAUAUUGGAGGCAAUGAACCAACUCUUGGAAGUUGUCCUUUGACCUCCACACAUGUGCCAUGUGUUAUAUUCACCCACACAUACCCACACAUAAAUACAUAUGCAUACAUGUAAAUACAAAAAAUAUGACAAAUAUUAAAUAUUUCUUUCUUGUUUCAAAGAA